GUAGCAGUGCGUCAGGUUAGAUGAGAGUUCCAGCGUGACUCUAAUGAAAGACAUUUUCCACAUGGCUGAACGGCACUGUCAAGUGGAAUCCAGUUGCUCCUCGCCUGCAUCAUCUCAAAGAGAAACACUGAUAUUUCCAGGGACUGGAAGGAAAGCAACGUAGCAGACUGUGAGAUGGAUGACAUCAUUAAUUUAAACUGAACAUCUGGAGGCCAGACACGGGCCUAGCUCUAAAAUUGUCACACUAGGUAAGAGGUAGGCAUCCUGCACGCGUGUUCAUUCAUUCAAGCUGACUGUCGUCUCGGAACCAGCGAUUGCAUCGUUUGAGAUAAAAACAUUGGCACUGGCAUUAAGAUUGUAGAGACAGGAUGGUUGUGAUGAGGUGAGCCACUGACUCCUCUCUAGGGUUUGUGUGGCACAGAACAAUGAGCAACGCUCGUUAAGGCAACGAGAAAAUAAAAUGCAGAUGACAUUUCAGCAAAUUAAAAGUAAUUAUCCAAGUGUGGAGCCUGUAAACAAAAUGCACGAAACGUCCAAGAUCAUUAUUCAGAUAAAUGAUGGUGAUGUGCAGAUGUUAAAAAAAAAAAAACUCUAAGGUUCUCAGGGGUUUAGGAACCUUUGGAGGUGCUGUGUCAUUUUCCACCACAGGGACUUAAGUUAAAUAUUUGAAGCUAGAGGAGCACUGGGAGUGAAUUUUGCUGCACAUUUCGUGAAGAUUUCCAACUGGUCAAAUAAUCACAGCUUUUUGUGCCCAGUCUGCUUUAGCCUGCUCCCAUCAAUCUCAAGUCUGUUUUCUUGGUUUAACAUUUUUUGUUUGGAGGGGGGGUUGAAUCCGAUUUGCAGCUACUGCUCGUCUCUUUUCCAGCAUUAAGUCAUUUCCAAAGCAGUAAAUCGCAACCAGCUAGGACAAGCUUGAAUCCAAACCAUGCUUUUCAGCGUUGAAAUGGUGUUGCUGAAGUUGCGCAUUGGGAGUUUCACGUUUGAUUUUCAGCCCUGACUUUAUUUGCUAACAAGGGCUGUGGGUUUUGAUCUCUGUUAGGCUACAGCAAUCCAAACGUCGUGGCCAGCGCGAAGAGUGAGGUGGAGGAAUAAUUGAGGCAACAUGAGGCUGUUGUUUUUUAAGGCCGACUUGAAAAUAUCUGCAAGUAGCCUAUCCUUUAAUCAUAACCAGUAGUAUCACGAGUGUCACAGAGUCCUUCCAGAUUAUCUCCCGGACACGCCCUAACCACCGGCGCUGCCAGGGCUCCGAAGAGGAGGCUCGGGUGAAAGUGGAGCGGAGGGAAGGAGAGGAAACCGUCUCUUGCGAGAAGAAUGCGGGACGCGUCCUCCCAGACCAUACGUCAGCCGGGACUCUUCGACGGGCUGUUCGGACGCAGGCGGAGGAGCGCGGAGAUGUCAGCGAGGGGACGAGGAUGUAGCACACCUGCGGGGAGCGGCGCGUCGUGCGUUUAGGAGACGGGAUUUAAUUCUGGAUUCGAUGCAUGUGCACAACCUCUCCAGUGAUGAGUUGGCUCCUGUUGUGGAUUCUAACAGCAGCGGGGAUUCAACAGGCCUACUCCCUGAAUUCCACUGCGAUGCCGCCUGCCACAGCCGCCACGUCCCCGCCCGCGGAGCUGUUCAACCGCACGCGCUACUGCAAGUGGCCCUGUGAGUGCCCUCAGGUCCCCCCCAAGUGCCCGCCGGGCGUGAGCCUCCUCAUGGACGGCUGCGACUGCUGCAAGGCCUGCGCCCGGCAGGUGGGCGAGGUGUGCAACGAGGCGGACACAUGCGACUACCACAAGGGACUGUACUGCGACUACAGCUCGGACAAGCCUAGGUACGAAAAAGGAGUGUGUGCAUACAUGGUGGGAACGGGCUGUGAGCACGACGGCGUGAUCUACCGUAACGGGCAGAGCUUCCAGCCCAGCUGUAAAUACCAGUGCGUGUGUGUGAACGGCGCCAUCGGCUGUGUGCCGCUGUGCACUGAGUCGCAGCCUCCCAGAGUGUGGUGCCAAACUCCGCGGCGGGUCAAAGUCCGGGGACAGUGCUGCGAGCAGUGGAUCUGCGAUGAGCCCAAGAGAGGGCGCAAGACAGCGCCGCGACAUGCAGUAGAGGUUCCCCCAGCUGAGACCAGGAGCUGGCACAAGAACUGCAUUACCCAGACUACCUCAUGGAGUCCCUGCUCAAAGACCUGCGACCGUGGCCUGUCUUUGAGGAUCUCUAACGCCAACGAGCAGUGCGAGCUGGUCAAAGAGUCCCGCCUCUGCAACCUGCGGCCAUGUGAGGUCGACAUCACCAAACACAUCAAGCCGGGAAAGAAAUGUCUGAACAUCUACAGGGAAGAUCAAGCCACAAACCUCACCAUCUCCGGCUGCACCAGCAAGAAGCCGUACCGGCCCAAAUUCUGCGGGGUCUGCACGGACGAGCGCUGCUGCAUCCCUUACAAGUCCAAGACCAUCGACGUGGAGUUCGAGUGCCCUAAUGGGGCAGGAUUCACCUGGAAGAUGAUGUGGAUCCAGGCCUGCUUCUGCAACCUCAGCUGCAAAAACCCAAACGACAUCUUCGCCGAGCUGGAGAAUUACUACGGUUACCCGGAGGUCAUGAACUAAAGCGGUGGCGUCUCGGUGACGCCCUCUGCUCCGGAGAUCGGCGCAAGCUCGUUCUCCUCCUUAUGCAAUGUUUUUGUAUUUGUAACAAGUGCGAUUAUACGCGAGGGAUUCUCUUAUGGUCUUUUUUCAUAUUGGAAAAAAAAUCUGUAAAUAUGAAAUGAGUGCGUGUCUCCAGAAUGGAUUCCUAAAGCAUGACUUGCUUUUGAAGAAUGUUCAAAGAGCUCCAUGCAAAUGAAAAUAUUCAGCCGAGCAUUUGAAAUAUUGAAGGUUUAAUUUAUUUAUGCAUAUAAAUAUGUAUAAGACCGCACGCAGUAGUCUCGAGGGGAUCUCAACAAUGGUCACACACACGUUCAAGUCACUAAUACUUGUGACAUUUUCUCUAAAGGUCGAUUGACGGAUACUCCAAAGACAUUUUCGUCGAACCUGCAAUAAUGACACGAUCAGGGAAAAUCUGUUACAAGUUUUUUUUAUUGUCAUUUUUUUUUUAAUAAAUACAAACUGUUAUGUCAUUUUAAUGCUUCUCUACAGCAUUAGACGGUUGUGCAUCGCAUCUUUACAAAGCCGUGUAUAAUGUUCUACAAAGUAAAAUGUUUGCUGUAGUGCAAGUGAGAUACAGGAGUAGAAGGUGUCAGGUUAAGUUCUAUGGCUAUCCUCUUGUUAACAUGUGGACCUAACUCCUCCCUCACACCAGUAAAAUCCACAACCACAUAGGAGCAUCGCAUCUAAAAAGUGAACAGUUCCAUGGCACUUCUUUGUUCCAUUGUGCUUGAUUGCAUAGUAAUCAUCAUAAAAAAAAGAGUUGUUUUUUUUUGUUUGAAGCCAUGAUCCAUUAUUAAAAGCAUACGAUGUAAAAGCU